AUGGUUGGAAAGAAGAACCGUGGGUCAACAGAUCCUGAGUCAGAGCUUUUGGCUCCAGCGAUCGUGAUUGGACCUAAAGACACAACAGUGGUGGCCGGGAGUGAGGCUACACUGGAGUGCAUUGCUAACGCCAGGCCGGUGGACAGCCUCGUGGUGUCAUGGAAGCGGGAUGGGCGCCGGCUGACCGGUGGGCGUCGGCUUGUUUUUCCUGCCCCCACGUCUUCUGACUCCGGGCUGUAUGUUUGUGAAGCGCUGCUCAGUAACAGCACUGCCAAGCCUGCGGAGGCAAGGGCACACCUCACUGUGAUAGAACCGCCCUCUCUGACCGCCCAGCCCAAGAGGAAGAUCUUUGCUGAGCUCGACCGGAGUGUAGAUAUCCCCUGCCUUGCUACAGGCGUGCCCCAGCCCAGGAUAGAGUGGUACAAGGACGCCGUGCCUCUCUCCAAACUGGCGAACCCCCGAUACAAAGUCACCGCGGCGGCCGGGCUGACGGUGCGCAGGGUGCAGCCGGGGGACGGAGGAAUCUACCAGUGCUUCGCUCGCAGCUCUGCAGGAGAGACCCAGGCUCACACUCAGCUCCUGGUCUCCAGCGUGGCCCCCACAUUUACUUCCCCCCCAUUCGACCAAACAGUGACUGAUGGCCACACGGCGUUGUUCACCUGCCAGGCGAGCGGCGCUCCGAGACCCGCCAUCACCUGGAGGAAAGGAUUGCAGGUCCUAGCCAGCGGCUCCGUGCAGGUUCCCAGGUUCACGCAGCUGCAGUCGGGGGGUUUACAGAUUCAGCCGGUCAGCUUCCAGGACUCGGGAGAAUACACCUGCACCGCCUCCAACUCCGAGGGCAGCAUCAACCACACGGCGGCGCUCACCGUGUGGCGACGCACAAUCAUUUCUGUGCCUCCGACAGAUAAGCGUGUCAUCAAGGGAACCACUGCUGUCCUGGACUGUAAUGCCACAUAUGACCCCCGAGUCAAUAUCAGCUUCAAGUGGGAUCGUGGAGGUACGCCGGUGCCUCCGACCAGUGGCGCCCGUGUCGCUGUGCGCCAGGGCUCUCUGACCAUUGGCCAGACGUGGUCAGGUGACAUCGGGGACUACACCUGCACGGUGACAUCUCAGGCCGGCAACGAUUCUCACUCUGCUCGGCUCGAAGUCAUAGAGCUGCCUCACUCCCCCCGCUCCCUGACGGCCCGGCUCAACGACUCCGACUCCCGCUCCGUCCACCUGUCCUGGCUCCGCCCCUUCGAUGGAAACUCCCCUCUUCUGUAUUACCUGCUGGAGCUAUCGGAGAACAACUCGCCGUGGAAGGUGUACCUAUCAGAGGUGGAUCCCGCCGUGUCCGAGGUGUCGGUGGGCGGGCUCACACCUGCCAGGACCUAUCAGUUCAGACUCUGCGCUGUCAAUCAAGUGGGCAGGGGUCAGUACAGCGCGGAGACACAACGAUUGAUGCUCAGGGAGGAGGCACCCAGCGCUCCUCCGAAGAACAUCGUGGCCAGUGGGCGCACCAACCAGUCCAUCAUGGUGCAGUGGCAGCCUCCACCAGAACCCCAGCUCAACGGAGUCCUCCGAGGAUACGUGCUCAGGUACCGACUGGCGGGGCUGCCCGGGGACUACCAGGAGAAGAACAUCAGCAGCCCAGAGACCAACUACUGUCUGCUCAAGGAUCUGAUCAUCUGGACUCAAUACCAGAUCCAGGUGGCCGCCUACACCGGAGCCGGCCUGGGUGUCUACAGCAGCCCUGUGUCCGAGUACACUCUGCAGGGGGUUCCCACUGCACCCCCGCAGGAAGUGGAAGUUGUAGCUAUCAACUCGACCACCAUCCGCUUCACAUGGAACCCUCCACCUCAGCAGUUUAUUAAUGGCAUCAACCAGGGAUACAAGCUGCUGGUUUGGCCCGAGCUGUCCCCGGAGGACGUCCUGGUGGUGACCAUCACGCCGGACUACCCGGGCUCACGCCACACGGGGCUCGUCAGCGGCCUGAAGAAGUUCACCUGGUACUUCGGCGCCACCUUGUGCUUCACAACACCUGGAGACGGCCCCCGCAGCUCGCCCACCAUGCUGCAGACACACGAGGACACACCUGGACCCGUGCGUCAGCUGAGCUUCACUGAGAUCUUGGACACGUCCCUCAGAGUCAGCUGGGCGGAGCCUGAAGACAAGAACGGCAUCGUUACCGGCUACGUGUUGUGGUGGGAGGUGUCCGACAAAGAGUCGAGUCGUGAGGAGCGCUCUCUCUCCAACUCCACGCUUCGGUACCAGCUGACCGGCCUCACCUCCACCACCGCGUACUCGCUCCAGGUGGCGGCGCUCACUGCCGCAGGGAGGGGCGUGGUCACGUCCUCCACCAUCUCCACCGGAGUCCCACCAGAACUUCCCGGAGCUCCGUCCAACUUAGUCAUCUCCAACAUCAGCCCUCGCACAGCGACUCUGCGGUUCCGCCCGGGUUCCGACGGGAAGACGGCGAUAUCCCGAUGGAUCGUAGAAGGACAGGUGGUGAAGGAGGACGGGAAAGAGGAGGCGUGGGGACUCGUCCACCAGGAGGACAACCAGCCAGAUGCAGACACGCUGGAGAUUCCCAACCUCGCUCCGUUCACUCAGUACAGGUUCAGGCUGCGUCAGGUGAACAUCGUCGGAGCCAGUCCCAUGAGCGCCCCCUCCAGGCUGAUUCAGACCUUGCAGGCGGCACCUGACACGCACCCUUCUAACCUCACCCUGCUGUCUGCUACACAGUCCAGUCUGCACUUCAGCUGGAUGCCUCUUCCUGAGUCCGAGUACAACAGCAGCCCAGAGACCGUGGGCUACCGGCUGCGUGUGUGGAGGACGGACGGGCAGGGGGAGGACAGAGUGGACGAUGCGGAGGGAGCAGGGGAGACCGCUGAGGCCACGAUAGAGGGCUUGAAUCCCUGGACCCAGUACCAGGUCCAGAUACAGGCCUACAACUCCAUAGGACCUGGACCCUGGAGUAACACCAUCGCUGCAAAGACGGCAGAAUCCGUUCCGUCUGGAACUCCGAUGAAUGUUUCUGCUGAGGCUGUGAGUUCCACCCAGAUCCUGCUCAAGUGGUCGCCUCUGCCCCGGGCUCAGAGAAAUGGAGUCAUACUUGGAUAUAAGGUGUUUUUCAGUGAGAAGGACUCGGACCUUCCUCCCAGUGUUCAGGUGACAGAAGGAGAAGGCAACGUGUCGCUGCUCCUCCGGCUCCUCCGGCGCUACACGGUGUACGUGCUGCAGGUUCUGGCCUACACGCAGCUCGGGGACGGCCCCCUCAGCCCCCCCGUCCUGCUCCGGACCAAAGAGGACGUCCCAGGCCCGUCUGUCAGGAUGGUGUUUCCAGAAGUUCGAUUGUCAUCAGUCAGGGUGGUUUGGCAGCCGCCCACAAACCCCAACGGCAUCAUACUAGGCUACCAGAUCUCCUACUGCCUGAACAGCAGGGAGCCUCUGCGCUGGACCACGGUGGAGGUGGGCUCCAACGCUCGCCAGUUCACGGUCACUGGUCUCUCCUCGGAGCAGACCUACGUGUUCCGACUCACCGCCCGCACGGCGGUGGGCUGGGGCGAGGAGCAGGAGGCCCUGGUGGUCACCACGGAACGCAGAGAGCGGCCGCAGCCUCCGAGGAAGCUGUACGUUCCUCAGGACAGCGUGGAGUCUCGGCGUCUCCACCUCCACUGGGUGACCGGAGGCUCGGGCUCCUCUCCCCUGAGGUACUUCACUGUGCAGCUCAAACAGCUGCCCAGUGGGGACUGGAACACACACAUCGCUGACAUCCCACACAACGUGACGGCCUGGAGCGUUGACAGGUUGGAGCCGUUCACAUCGUACAAGUUCCGGAUGCUGUCCACCAACGAUGUCGGGGACAGCGUCCUCAGCAAGGAGACCGAGGCUGUGACCACUCUGCAGGACGUGCCCGAUCAGCCUCCGGUGAUCCUCACAGUGAAGCCCACAACCACCACCUCAGUGCUGGUGCAGUGGAAGCGGCCCGGGGACGACAGCAUCAACGGGGUGCUGACUGGAUACCGGCUGUACUACAGAGAGCUUCCAGUGAACAGCUCGGCUUCCGCUGAGGCUGAGGUCCAGACCACGAGGAGCAGCAACACCAGCUCCCUUAUUACCACCAAGAGCACCUUCAAGACCGUCAGCAGCGCCGCGCUCACAGAGUUCGAGUUGACACAGCUCAAGAAGUUCACCCGUUACCAGAUUGUGAUGACGAGCUACAACAUCAUCGGAGAGAGUCCACCCUCCGUCCCUGUGGAGGUGUCCGUGGGAGAGGCAGCCCCGUCCGUGGCCCCCCAGUCCAUCAAAGUGUCCCCCGUGUCUCCCUCCAGCCUGGAAGUGACCUGGGACACCCCUCCCCUCGAGACCCAGAAUGGACUCAUCCAAGGAUACAAGAUCCACUACUGGGAGAGGGACAAGCAGAACCAGAGCGAGAAGGUGAAAGUGAUUUUUGUCCCCGACACGCGUGUGCAGCUCACCAACCUGACCAGCUACACGCCGUACCAGGUGACCCUGACGGCCUUCAACACGGCAGGGGACGGACCGCCCAGCGACCCCCGCGGGGCUCGGACCCUGCAGUCUGCUCCCAGCCCGCCCAGCUACCUGUCCUUCUCCGAGGUGACGGGAGGAAGCGUCAACGUGUCCUGGGGAGCCCCCCUCACUCCUAAUGGACAGAUAGAGGGCUACAGGGUCGUCUACCAGCCCACAGCUCCUGUGCAAGGGGUGAGUAAAGUUGUGACAGUGGAUGUGAAAGGCAGCUGGCAGCGAUGGCUGAAGGUUCGAGACCUGGUCAAAGGGGCCACGUACACGUUCAGCGUCCAGGCGCUCACCGUCAGCCACGGCCCCCCCGCCCAGACCAACAUCACUGCUCAGCCUGUGCAAGGCUCCCCUGGGUCUCCUGUGGAAAUGUCCAUCACCAAGACGUCCUCUGAUCUGACCCUCCACUGGUCGGAGGGAGACGUGGGAGCAGCCCCCGUCACUGGAUACGUGAUCGAGGCUCGGCCCUCAGAUGAGGGGGUGUGGGACUCCUUCAUCAGACCCCUCCCCCCCAGCAGCAGGUCGGUGUCGGUACAGAUGGAACGCCUGAGGUCGGGGAUCAGCUACGAGUUCAGAGUCAUCGCUGUUAAUCGCUACGGCUACGGCCAGCCGAGUACAGCCUCUGCAGCUCUAGCUGCGCUGUCCGAGCGUCCGUUCUACGAGGAGUGGUGGUUCCUGCUGGUGAUGGCCCUGGUGGGAAUCAUCCUCAUACUGGUCCUGGUCUUCACGCUGCUGCUGCACGGACACAGCUCCAAGUACAAGGCCUGUGGCACAGGGAAACACGUGUCCACGGCCGAGGAGUCGGUGACUCUGGACAACGGAGGCUUCACGGCUCUGGAGCUCAACAGCAGGACGCUCAACACCAAGAACUCCUUCCUGAAGAAGAACGGCACCAGAUCUCCUCCCAGGCCCACUCCAGCUGGUCUUCACUACUCUGAUGAGGACAUCUGUAACAACUACAAUGGAACCGCGCUCACUGAGAGCACCACGCUGACAGAGAAACCCAACGAGGUGUCGGAGUCAGAGUUAACGGACAGCGACUACGAGGACGAGCAGCCGAAGCACUCCUUCGUCAACCACUACAUGAGCGACCCCACCUACUACAACUCGUGGAAGCGGCAGCCCAAAGGCCUCAAAGCCAUCACCGCGCCGUUCGGCUACGAGGAGUGUGCCGCCGCCGAGACGGAGCCCUACUACCAGACCGUGGUCACCCAGCACAGCACGGGGGGGGCCUACACACCGACGGGGCAGCCGGCGCACACGCACGUCAACCCCAACACCAACCCGCCGGGAUCACGCACCCCCGUCACGGGAUUCUCCUCCUUCGUUUGACUCUAGAGACAAAAAAACCCUGCACAAAAGUGAUACACACACACACACACACACAAACACAUACACACACAUAUGUACACAAAGUGAAAGAGGGGUGGGGGCAGUGUGUGUUCGAGAGCUGACGGCUUCAGAGGAGAGGGGGGGACACGAUGAGGAGGACGAGUGACGAACCUUCACGCCCCAAAAACUAAACCCACAAGUCUCACUCAGCUUCUCCCCUCGUUCACAAAGAUCUCCACUGUGUGUGUGUGUGUGUGUCGCUCUCCUGCUCUUCUCCGUCACUGUGCUCACACAUGCAGUCAAUGUUUCCACACACACACACACACACUCUCACACACUCUCAUGCCUAUUUCAGAGACUCUCCCACGAGAGACGGACCAGCUUGUGUAAAGGUGGAGGAGAGAAUUCCACCUCGGACUCGGCGAACAUGGAAUUUCUGCACAACGCUUCUUCUUCGGUUUCCUGUAUUUACGCAUAAUUGCACAAACACACACACAAACACACACAUCUGCAUUUUCUUAUGCCCUGAUUGGAGCAACUUGGAGAGAAUGAACUCAAAGAGUGAAGAAUUAUUCAAAAGGGAAGCAGCAGCUUUCAUGACCUGAAUCAUGUGCGACACAAACAUUGAGCUGUCGACUUUAAACGACCACAACACGGAGGAAGAGAAGAAGAAAAACAACACAAUGGAUUAAUCAUCGUGUUUGAUGAAGGACGCAGAGCGAGUGUUCUUCAGCACUUAAGGAAUUCUCAGUGAGCGUGUUGUGUGGUUUCUGGGGUUUGUGUUGGAAUAAAUGAAAAAACAUGUAUUUUUUACCGUCUACUGCUGUAAACCCCCCGCCCCCCCGACCGUGAGCCGAUGCCGCCCCCCCACACAUCUCAUCUUUACCCUGCUGAGGUUUUUCAUUUUUUACAAGUUUGAGCGUGCGUGUGCGUUUGAGUGUGACACGUGUGUACAAGCAUGUGUGUGUGUGUGUGUGUGUGUGUGUGUGUAUAUAUGGCCCUCGUUUGUCUCUCCGUCAUUUUCAACGCUAAGCAAAGUGUGCCAUUGUGUGUAUGUUUGUAUUUUUAAGCUGGAUUUUGUACAGAAAAAAAACUUUUUACUGUCGUACGUAGCUCAGCCAUGUUUGUGUUACUCAAAGCUAAUGGUGGAAACGACAGAUCAGCAGGGAGAAGAAGAAGAGGAGGAGGAGGAGGAGGAGAAGGAGGAGGAG